AAAUGUGUGAACACAUGACAUCUAUAUGGAAAUCAUAACAUCUUCUUCUCAUUAAAGAGUUUGUUUUCAUAGUUAUUGCAAUUUUUGCUUUUUCGUUGUGUGUGUUUUUGUUGUUGUAACGAACCACCUUAGUGGGACAAAAUAAAUAACUUGAUUCGAAUAUGGUCCGUACAAAGCAAACGACGUCGCGUAAAACCCCUGGGAAAAAGAUUGCUAUCAGGGAACCUAGGAAAGACAUGCCACCAAGUGGUGGUGGAGUGAAAAAACCCCACAGAUUCCGUCCAGGUACAGUCGCCCUUCGUGAAAUAAGAAAAUACCAAAAAUCCACUGACUUGCUCAUUAAUAGAAUGCCAUUCCAGCGUGUAGUUAGAGAAAUUGCCCAAGAUUUCAAAUCUGAUCUACGUUUUCAGACAGCUGCUAUUGGUGCUCUUCAGGAAGCCUGUGAAGCCUAUCUGGUGCUAUUGUUUGAGGACACUAACGUGUGUGCAAUCCAUGCCAAACGUGUGACUAUUAUGCCUAAGGACAUGCAGCUUGCUCGUAGAAUUCGAGGGGAAAGAUCAUAAGAAACUUAUUUUUUCAAUUUUGAAACACCAUUUGAUCCUAAUUCUACAAUAUAUACCUGAUGUAUCGAUCAUGAAGACGGUGUUCAAUUGAACUAGAUAUCUGUAAAUAGAAAAUGCCUUUGUUUAUGUUAAUUUCGUGUAUUUAAUCAUGUAGUCUAUACUUUACAAAACUCUCAAAUAUAUCAUAAUAUUUAAUUUCUUCACUCUA